AUGUCGGUCACGCUGCACACCAACCACGGCGACCUCAAGAUCGAGCUGUUUUGCGAGGACGCGCCGCGCACCUCUGAGAACUUCCUGGCCCUGUGCGCCUCCGGCUACUACGACGGCACGCUGUUCCACCGCAACAUCAAGGCCUUCAUGAUCCAGGGCGGCGACCCCACGGGGACCGGCAAGGGCGGCAAGUCGAUCUACGCCACCCCCAACGGCAAGUUCCCGGACGAGCUGGUGGACCACCUGAAGCACAGCAAGCGCGGCGUCGUGUCGAUGGCCAACAGCGGCCCCAACACCAACGCCUCCCAGUUCUUCGUGACCUACAAGGCGCACCCGCACCUCAACGGCAAGUACACCAUUUUCGGGCAGGUGAUUGACGGCAUGGAGGUGCUGGACCGCAUGGAGAAGGUUCCCACAGGGCCCAACGACCGCCCGCUGCAGGCAAGCAACAGCUGGUUGGGGUGA